UUGACUGCAUCCAGCUGAAAGUGCCGGUCAUUCAGCAGCUGUACCACUGGGACUGUGGGCUAGCCUGCUCCAGGAUGGUGCUUCAGUACCUGAAUCAUUUGGACAAUGAUGAAUUUCAGAAAGCCAUCCAGGAACUCCAGUUAACAAAGAGUAUCUGGACUAUUGACCUGGCCUACCUGAUGCGACACUUCGGUGUUAAGCACAAAUUUUGCACCCAGACGCUUGGAGUGGACAAGGGCUACAAAAAUCAGUCGUUCUACAGGAAGCACUUUGACACAGAAGAGAAUAGAGUGAAUCAGCUCUUUGCACAAGCCAAAGCCUGCAAGGUGCUGGUGGAGAAGUGUACAGUAACUGUUCAAGAUAUCCAAGACCACCUGUCCCAAGGUCACGUAGCCAUCGUCCUAGUGAAUGCAGUUUUGCUAUUGUGUGAUCUUUGCUCAAGUCCUGUCAAAUACUGCUGCUUCCUCCCCAUUGGACAGAAGUGCUUCUGCAGGAAUCCUGACUACCAGGGCCAUUUCAUUGUGUUAUGUGGGUACAACAAAGCCUCAGGGAGUAUUUACUACAACAACCCUGCCUAUGCUGACCGAACAUGCUGCACCAGCAUCAGUAACUUUGAGGAAGCCAGGACAAGUUACGGCACUGAUGAAGAUAUUCUGUUCAUCUACACAGACAGCUGACAUCCAUGCCUGGUACUUCCGGUCCUUUCCUGUGCAGCCUGCAUGGUGGCUGGCUGCUUGUCUCAGGACUCCCCCUGCAGAGACCUUGCUUCUGAAUUGCAGUGGGAUCUUAAACAAAGGAGGCUUUAUAGACAUUGAUAGGACUAUAUUGCAAUGCUGUCUUUACCUUUUUUUUUUCCCUGAUGACAUACCUGAUUUUGC